AUGCACGCCGAGGACCCCAAACUAUCGUUGCCGCAAUGGGCCUUGCAGCUGACGAUUGCUACCGUUCUGUCAGGACGUGCAGCGCGGCAUAAUGCCCAGAGAAUAUCAUGCAGCCUCGGACAUUUACCGGUUUUAUUCUUCAAUCAUCAUCAUACAGGCAAGGCAAGCGCACUGAGUUGCCUUCUAUGGAACCACCCAACAUCAACAUCGGCUGUACGGAUAUCACACUAUCAGACAACCGCUCAAUACACCAGCCAAGCAAACAACCAUUAUCAACAACCCUCCCUUUCCCCUCUCCAGCGCCUCCUGCUCCCUGAUGAUCCUCUACCCCAGGCCAAGAAUCAUGAUAGCAUACCUUCCAGCCAAGCAAAGCCAAGCAACCGCCCAGCAAGCCAAGAAAUCCACUCCUCUCUACGCCAAGGUCUUGGAGAUGACGACAAGCGUGGCAGUGCAAGGCCAAACAUUGCUUGUCUUAUGAUGGCAGACGAGCUAUGCCCAGAGUUCUUCUUACAGUAA